AAGACUGACAUCAUAUCACAGAACGCGGAAGUCCCAGUUCCCCAACCUCUCGCCCAAAUAUAUUUAGUUUUUGUACAGCAAAAGUGGACCAGAUCAGGGCACUACUUUGGGUCCAAUUGUGUUUCCACAGUGAGGAGAGAUGAGCAAAGGGAAGUCUAAAGGGCAGGAGAACAUGCCCAGCUCCCUCCUCAGCAUCCAGGAGAAUGAACGUCUUGUGGACCUGCUGGGCCGGAGAUGUGUGGCUAUGGCCACUGCUGUUGUGCAGCUCUAUAUGGCCCUUCCCAACAGUCCAGCCCACUGGAGUCUACAGCAUACCGGAGUGGUUUGUUUUGUCAAGGACAACCCACGCCGCUCAUACUUCAUCCGCCUUUAUGAUCUCAAGGAAGGGAAAAUGAUAUGGGAGCAAGAAUUAUACAAUCAGAUGACAUACUCCACUCCAAAGCAGUUUUUCCACAGUUUCCCAGCAGAUGAUUGCCAAGUGGGGCUAAACUUUGCAAAUGAGCAGGAAUCUGAGCUGUUCAGAAACACGGUAGAGGAAAAGAUCAACCAGCGAUCCAAUCGCCAAGAAAGAAGACAGAAUGUUCCAAAUGAAGGAAAACGAGCGCUACCACCCAUGCCACCAUCGAAUGGUCCAGUGAUGUCAGGUGGCAUGGCCACAACAGAUGGCCCAAACCCAGACAUUUUGGCCUCCCAGAAUCGAUCUCCUAGUGUCCCUGUGCCUGCACCUGCCAGCUUCAGCUUAUUAAAAAAGAAGGGCAAGAAGAAGGGACCUCGACUUACCAAGGCAGAUAUUGGAGCACCCAGUGGUUUUAAGCAUGUCACACAUGUAGGAUGGGAUCCAAACACUGGUUUUGAUACCAAUAAUCUGGACCCAGCCCUGAAAAAACUGUUUUCCUUUGCUGGAAUCAGUGAAGACCAACUAACAGAUAAAGAGACAUCCAAACUUAUCUUCGAUGUUAUUGAGCGGUCUGGUGGCCUGGAUGCUGUCAGAGAGGAGAUGAAUAAGCAGGAUGGAAUAGGUCCUCCAUCUCGGAGUAUUCCCCCAGUCCCUGGUGGUGCACCUGCAGCCCCUCCACCUCGUGGAGACCGGGGUCUUCCUCCCAUCCCUGGCCAACCUCCACCAGCUCCUCCAAACCGCAAUCAGAGACCUCCCCAACGUGGACCGCUUCCACCACCUCCUCCCACUGGAAGAGCUGGACCCCCACGUCCUCCACCUCCCUCUGGUGGUUACUCAGCUCACCCACCUCCUCCUCCCGGUGCUCCUAUGGGUGGAGGAGGAGCACCUCCCCCUCCCCCUCCCCCUCCACCUCCUCCACCUCCUGCUCCUGUCAGUAGCUCCAACAGUAGCAGCCCGGUUACUCCUUCUCCAAGUCCAGCAGGAGGCAGAGGAGCUUUAUUGGACCAGAUACGACAUGGCACCAAGCUUAAGAAUGUUACAGACAGUCCUGAUCCUCAUCCUACUUCACAAGAUCAAGGUGGGGAAGGCAUUGUUGGUGCGCUGAUGAUGGUGAUGCAGAAAAGAAGCAAAGUCAUUCAUUCCUCAGAUGAUGAAGAAGAUGAUGGAAUUGAGGAUGAAGAUGAUGAUGAAUGGGAUGACUAAUAUCAUUAUCCAUCUCUGGUAUAAACACCCUUGUGUACACACACACAUACACAAACACACACACGCACACACACACACACACACACACACACACACAGACACACACACACACAAAGGGAUACAUUCAUGUAUAAGUAUUGCAUUUGGUGGUUAAAGUAGAUAACAAGCUAUUAAAUGUGAAUAAUCUUAAUCCUUUAUUAUAUACCUAGGUGUCUUAGUAGGUAUUUGUAGGUACCUCAGUUCAUCUUGAUAUGAUAUCUAACAUGAAAAAUGAUAUCUAAGAUGAUUUCAUCCAAAUUGUUGUGAUCAUGUAAUUCUCUCAGUAAUAGUAAAAUACAUUUUUUCCACAGAAUUUAGACAUUACAGAACGUGGUUUACAUGUAAAUUGUUAUUUUGUCAAUCAUUUAGAUUUUUUUUUUUUUUUGCUCUUUUUGCUUUUGUUUGCCAUUUUGUUACUGGUACUGAUUGUAGGGGUAGAAAAUGUCACAGGCCACUAAAAACCAUGCAUUUAAGGAUUGAGGUAGUAACAAAUCUAAGUAUUAUUAAAACUGAAUAAAGCAAAUUCACUGUGCAAUCUUUGAGAAUA